AAUUACAAAAAUUCUCUUUGGCCUUAAAUCAAUGGGGAGUCAUCACCAUAAACAUACAUUAGAAACCAACUAAUCAAACAAAUAAAUAUCUUAAAUAAAAAAAACCAGAACGUUAUUAGUUUUUGCCUUUUCAUCUAUAUAUAUUCGCGGUAGCUAUACCAGCGUGAACAAUAUAUGUUGGUUAGUUCUCUCGAACGGUUUGCUGCACAUCAAAGUAUAAGAAGGGACGAGAAAGAGCUAAAGUAGAAGAUAUGCACCAUCCUCCACAUCACCCACGCCCGGGGCCCCCACAUGGACCGCACCAUCCACACUCAGGGCCGCCGCCGCCGUACGCACCACCGUUUGGGCCUCAUCCACACCAUGGUCCUCCUCCUCAACUUCCCCAUGGCCCACCACCUCCUGGCCCGAAUUGCUGCUGUGUGAUAAUGUGAUUAAGCUUUUUGCAGUUCAUGUGAUGUAAUCACAGAAGAAGAAUAUGUAUAUUCAGCUCAACUUUCAUUUGUCACUUGUGAUGGAACAGGAACAGGAACGUGAAUGUCAAGCGACUGCUGCAACUAAUCCUGAUGUAGGGGGCAAUGCUCAGAGCAGAGAUUGCAAAGGCUGUGGAAACAAUGUUGGUGCGGCUAAUCGUCCUGGAAACAAUACUGAUGUAACUAAUCCAAAGGGCAAUGUUGCUGCUCAAGGCAAUGCUCAGCGCAGAGGUAGUGGAAACAAGCUGGUGUGGCUAAUCCUUUUGGAAACAAUGCUAGUGCGAUUAAUCCAAGGGGUAAUGUUGCUACUCGGGGUAACAAUAAUAAUUAAGCUCGACGCAAUGCUCAACGCAGAGGUCGUGGAAAGUAUUAAAGGAGGCAUUAACAUUGCCAUUUCAAUAUCAACAGACUAAAGCAUUCAAAGAAUAACAUUUAUGUUUUAAUGCUGGCACUAUACAAUAUUGAAAAACUAUUUUUGAAAAAUAACAAGAAUAUUCCUUUCCUUGGUUAUUUUAAUACAAUCCACAUGCCUCAAUCAACAAAGCAUUGAAACGGAAAUUGAGGCAACAGUUAUAGCUGGUUAAGUCACUAUUUAAUCAGUUGGAAUUUUCACAAGCUAUAGUUCACAAUGACCAUAAGUUCUAUCAAGAGUAUUUUUUGGGUUACUCCCGUAUUUUACAAACAUGCCAUAAUCACUAUCCAAAGAAAUUUUGGUAAAAAAAUUACCGACCUGUUUCAAGUUCUCUUGAACUCUCAUCACAAGUUGGGCUAAUGAGUGUGAAUCAAAAACAUAACCAUUCUCCUUUAAUAUAUACCUAGUCUGGGGUUUACUAGUUGAAAACAUUCUACACGAAACCGUGUUGCAGGAGGAGGAUUUUGGAGUAAACAAGUUGUUGAAGAUUGAGAAUGGAUCUCCACUACUUGCAUCAGCAUAGUCCACACUACUGAAGACUCUCUAGUACCUCUCUAUUGUAAAAGAAGCCUUAUCAGAGCUUGUCAAAAGAGACCAAUCACUUGAUGCAGCAUCAGAGAACUCCAUAUUGAUGGGUUCAGCAUACAUCCCUAUCACAGGGUGAAUGUUUCAAUUUGCACUCCACCUAGGAAUGCCAUUAGAGUUGUUGAUAUAGCCUGUAGCCAUUUCAGGCCUAAAAAUCUGAAAAAUGCUUAGGGCCAACAGAAUGGCCAUUAAAUCUACUUUAUGCUGGUCGUGACAGCUUCUCAGUU